GUGGGGAACGGUGCAGAGUCACCCAAACAAUUGCAGUUGCUUCCCAUGUUAGGGGAUGUCUAUCAUGUUACAGGGAUACUUAAACUGCCUUAUGCUGAAAUAGAAGAACCGUUUGAAGCCUGGUUCAACAAGACUGGAGGGAAAAGCCGGAUUCAAUAUUAUGACGGCCAAGUUAUCACUUACCAGUUAGGCUAUGUGAAACCUUUUGGAGCCAGCUUCAAGAUAACCCCAGAAACCACUGAAACAGAGAUCAAUAUUAAGGAAUGUUUUCAGAUCAAUGGAACGUCUGAGAAUCCCGUUACACCUCAAAGCGUGUUUCCUAACUUAACAGACUUCCAGCCUGUACAGCAUGAGCAUUACAACGGAAAGUAUUGCACAGUCUUGGAGAGUGUCUCCUAUUGGGGCAAGAAGAAGAACACCUACAAGUUGUGGAUGACAGAUGGUUCCCGUGGGCCUGUGCCAGUCCAUUAUGAAAUGAAAGGCUACAACACUCUCCUGGGUUCCCACUAUGACAAGUAUGAAAUAGAUUAUACCAGCUACUCUCACAGUUUCUCGUCCAGCAUCUUCACUCUCCCUCCUGGCAUUAAGUGUGCAUACUGGCCAGGAAUAGGACCAGAACACAGGAUCUUGGCCAACCCAAUGCAGGAAUUCGUUGGGAGAAGUGGAGAAGUCAGACUACACCAUGAACAUCUGUUUCAUCACUACAAGAAAAAAUUCCGAAAGACCUACAAGAACAAAAAAGAAAUAGAGCACAGGCGACACAACUUCAUUCACAAUAUGAGAUAUAUCCACUCCAAGAACCGAGCCAACCUCUCCUUCAAACUGGCAAUAAACCACUUGGCAGAUCUCACAUCGGAAGAGAUAGCCGUGAUGAGGGGGAGGCUACAGACUGAGGGACCCAGGAAAGGGUGGGAGUUCCCAUCUGACCGCUACAGUGAUCUCACCUUGCCGGAGAGCUUAGACUGGAGGCUUUACGGAGCAGUGACACCGGUUAAAGACCAGGCAGUGUGUGGAUCCUGCUGGAGUUUUGCCACAACAGGAGCUCUGGAAGGAGCCCUCUUUCUCAAGACAGGAGUGCUUACCCCACUAUCUCAGCAAAUCUUGAUCGACUGCUCCUGGGGUUUUGGAAACCGUGCUUGUGAUGGGGGCCAGGAACCACAGGCAUUUGAAUGGAUUAUGAAGCACGGAGGGAUUGCCACCGCUGAGGCCUAUGGGCCAUAUAUGGGUCAGAAUGGCUACUGCCACUACAAUCAAUCAGAGCUGAUGGCACCCAUCACCGGCUUCAUAGCUAUUACCUCCCAAAACAUCACUGACCUUAAAGCUGCUUUGUAUAAGCAUGGCCCCAUCGCAGUGAACAUCGAUGCCUCCCACAAGUCCUUUGCCUUCUACUCCAGUGGCAUCUAUUAUGAGCCUAAUUGUGGAAAUAAAACCAUGGAGUUAGAUCAUGCUGUCCUAGCUGUAGGCUACGGAGACCUCCAGGGGGAACCCUACUGGCUCAUUAAGAACUCUUGGUCUACAUAUUGGGGCAAUGAUGGCUACAUCCUCAUGUCCAUGAAGGAAAACAACUGUGGGGUGACUUCUAGUGCCACCUAUCCAAUUCUGGCCUAACAACAACGGCUGUCAUGUUCAGCAAAAGACAUCUGGUUGUAUUGCAUUAGAAAAUUCCAAAAGGUCCUCAUUUUACAGAUUGUUCAGCUGAGUCACCAUUCAUGCUGCAAAAUGCUAUUGCACUGUAAGGUGGAAACUGAAGUUUGAACAUGUGUCUGUAUGCACUUAUCUUAACCUAACCUACCACCACCACCCCCAGCUUUUUGAAUCAUUGAGACCACCGUAUAGUGUGUAAUACAGCCAUUCACACACUUGUGUAAAAUCACAACCAUUCAGACUACUGGGACAGAAAAUGGAAGGGAAAAUAUUUUAAAUCAUCAUAAAAUCCAUUUCCCAGAACUUCAUGUAGCAAACAAAUUUGCACUGAUAAUGAUCCCUGAAUAAGAUUGUUCAGGUGGCUACUAUGCAAAAAGCUAAUAAUUCUCUAUCAAUUCCA